CUUUACAAAUGAAUUUUGAUAUGAAUUCAAAUUAAUUCAGAUCUUUAGAUAACGUUCAUACAUGAUAAAACGAAAAAAACAGAAUUUCAAGUGUGUCUAGAUUCAUUGAACCUACAUACACCCUGUAUGUGUGUAUAAAACCUCCUCCUAACUCAACAUGUUUUUCCAUUACUCAAAAACCACAAAACUAAAACUAAACCAAACCAUAUUUUAACAAAAUCUAAAUUAAUGGCUCCGACUAUAGCACUGCCCUUUUGGGCCCAAUCAAAACCCCACCACCACCACCACCACCAGCACGGCGAAGUCUCCGCCACACCAGAGGCGGAGGUGCUUCGAAAAAGAAACGAAGAGCUAGAGAAGGAAUUGAAAAAGAGAGUAGAAAGAGAAGAGAAAAUGAAAGAAGAACUAGAAAAAACAUGGAAGAGAUUGAAGGUGGCGGAAGAGGCGGAGGAACGCCUUUGUUCUCAGCUAGGUGAAUUCGAGGCGGAAGCUGUUGAUCAAGCUCGGGCUUAUAGGGCUCGUGUUAUUGAUUUAGUGGAACAGCUUUCUGCUGCACAAAAACUUCUUCAAUCAAUGGCGUCUCAAUAAAUAAAUGGUAGAUAGUUUGAUGUGCUAAGCUCUCGCUACGGAGGUUCUCAAUGAUCGUUGAUACAAGAAUAUUGAUCGACAGCUUGAAAUAAAACUCCAGUUUUUAGUGUAAAAUUAAUCGCGUGUGAAAAAUUAUAAAUACAUGCAUCUAGCGUAGGUAGUUUUUCUUUCUGGGUGGGGGGAUGUUUGUUUUUAAUCUUCAUAGGAUUUUUUUUUUUCCCCUCUUCGAGGUGUGGUUGGUGUUUUCAUGUAUAUUAGAUUAAUUGUCUUCUUCUUGAUUGUACGUUAGAGCGCAUAUAUUUCUUCAGUGCAUGUUUUUUUUUUCUGAUU